GAAUAUAUAUUUUGCGCAGUUUCUGUUAAAUACUGAAGUUAGAAAACCUGUUUCGUUAAUCAUAUUCAAAUUAACAACAUGGGAUGUUACCCUGCAAAAAGGGAAUUGUAUUUCAGAGAGUGGUCGGCUUCCAAGAUCUUGGAGGAAAAGAUGAUUUCAGCACUAAGACACUAGAGGUGCUACUGCUAAAGAAAGGUGUAAUUAGUGAGAAGAAAGAUGAUGAAGAUGACGAAGAUGAUGAUUAUCCUGAGAAUACGUGCAGGACAGUAAGAUCUUCUGUGAAUCAUGAGUCGGACAUUGACUGAGCAGGGAACAACUGCAGUUUUCCAUCAAUUGUCAGUGGUUCUUGCAACCGUAUGAAUUUUCACAGUCAAUUUCCAGUUUGUUGUCUCAAGAAAUUCAUUUUUGCAAA